AUGCACAAUAGAUAUUACCUAAUACCUAUUUUAGUUUGUUUAUGGGGAGUUUACUACAGUAUUAUAACACAUUAUAUAUCUAGUAAUAAUCAUGCAUAUAUGUUUCACAAUGAAGAUUUGAAUGAAAUUUUCAAUCCUACUAAGGCUUCGUGGAAUAUUUCAUUUCCUUGGAUUGACAGGCUUCCAAGGUUUUCAGGUCCUAAUAUUAAAACCGUGCUUCAAAAGAAAGGAUCGCAUAAAUUGUCUUCGAAUUCAUACUUACCUAAUGAUUUUCCAUUUAGAGAACGGAGUCAAAUAGGUCAAGAAAAUGCUACGAUGGUGAUGUUGGUACGAAAUCGGGAAUUGAGAGGUGCAUUGCAAUCAAUGAGGUCAUUAGAAGAUAGAUUCAACAGAAAUUAUAGAUAUCCAUGGGUGUUUUUAAAUGACGAGCCUUUUGACACCGAUUUCAUAGAACAAACUACAUUAAUGGCUAGCGGGAAAACAUAUUAUGAAUUGAUACCGAGUGAGGACUGGCAACCGCCUUCGUUUAUCGAUAUGGAUUUAAUGGAAAAGAAACUAAUGAAGGCGCAUGAAGAUGGCGUUAUCUAUGGUGGAUCAUGGUCCUAUAGGAACAUGUGUCACUUUAACUCGGGAUUUUUUUAUAAACAAAAGAGAUUACUUGAUUAUGAAUGGUAUUUCAGGGUGGAGCCUGACGUCAAGUACAUGUGUGAUUUUCAGUAUGACCCCUUUACGGUGUUGAGAGAAAAUAAUAAAAUAUAUGGGUUUGUUCUAACUAUUCACGACUACGAAAACACAAUGCCAUCGUUGUGGCCUACCGUCGAGAACUUCAUGAAGGACCACAAAGAUUUAAUCCAUCCUAAUAAUUCCAUAGACUUCAUCACGUCUAAUGAAACUUCCUUGAACUACGACUUCGAGUUACCCGAAUCAAAUACCUCAUAUAACCUUUGCCAUUUUUGGUCUAACUUUGAAAUUGGAAACUUAGACUUCUUCAGAAGCGAAGCCUAUGAGACAUACUUCAAAUAUUUGGAUAAAACGGGUGGAUUUUUCUACGAAAGAUGGGGCGAUGCUCCGGUUCAUUCUAUAGGGCUAAACUUGUUAGCCGACAAAAACAGAAUACACCACUUCGAAGAUAUAGGGUAUUUUCAUGUACCGUAUCUAGCAUGUCCUACUUCAAUUGACGUACUUGCAUCAAAAAGAUGUGUAUGUAAGACUAAAGGUCUUGAAAAUCAUGAUCCUGAGACACCACAUGACAUCCAGCCUUUCAGUUGCUUAAGCAGAUGGUGGAGAUAUGGCUCUGGCAAAACCUUCUUAAACGAUAUCGAUUAUACGUUCAACAAUUAG